AUGAUACCGACAGGAAGGUUAUUUAACUCACAGGUAGAUCAAUGUUUACUAAGAAUUAAGGAUGGGCUUUUCAAGAACAGUGGAAAAAAGACUCAGGAUUUGAAAGAUUAUGUCUUUAGGAAGCCUAUUGAAAACUUUGAGAUUUAUAGACUCAACAACGAGAAUAAGCCUUCGUUAUGGUCUGUAACAGGACCAGCCAAAUCACAAUUCCUAGCUAUUGUCUCAGGGAAAUAUCUUCCAUUACCCCCACUUUCUAGAACAUAUCCCUUUAUGCUGGACACUUUCAAGUACGAUCAGAUUCAAUUUUUGAACUUUAAAGAAGCUUCAGGGUUAGAUAAAGUACAUUUAUCAGCUAGAUAUGAAUCUUAUUCUUACAAAGGAAGCUUAGAAAUGUCCGAUGAUGUUAAUUCUGUCCGCAAUUAUAUUACAGGUGCUAAUAAUUAUAAUAGUAAUACGACUUCGGGAGUUAAUGAAGAAUUUGUGAAUCAACUUUUGGAUUUGUUCAAUUUGAAUCACUUGUCACACAAGUGGAUCAACUCGUUAUCUAAUGGGCAAUUAAGAAGGGCAAGAUUAGCUAAAGCAUUGAUCAACAAGCCUAGCUUAUUCAUAAUCGAUGAUCCGUUUUUGGGAUUAGAUCCCCACGCAACCAAGUUAGUAUCCAAUUCGCUUCACAGAGUCAGCAAAGACUUGAACACUAGUGUUGUGUUAGGUUUAAGAGUCCAGGAUGAUAUUCCAGAUUGGCUUACCCACGUUGGCUAUAUUACUACAGAAGAUGGAUUAAAAAUGUCAGGUGCUAAAGAAGAUGUGCUUCCUCUUCUCGAAAAAGAAUUAAAUACUGUGAACUCUAUCCAUAAACAACACGAAACAAAGCUGAAGAAUAAACACAGUACCCCCAUUACGAAUGAGUCCUUGUGUGCUUCUGGUGAGAUUCCUCACAUCGAAUUUCGCAAUGCAUCUGUUGUCUACAAAGAUUUACCAAUAUUCACCAAUUUUAACUGGAAGAUUCCUCGUGGAUCCAAAUGGCGUAUAUUAGGUGACAACGGUACCGGAAAAACCACUUUACUCUCCUUGAUUACGGCAGACCAUCCGCAGUCAUGGAGAUCAGUGUUAAGCAUAGACGGUGUUCUCAGGAAAACCGGAAGCGGAGUUUCAUUUUUCGAUGUCAACAACAAGAUUGGUAUCUCUUCACCUGAACUCCAUGCCUUAGUUCCAGGAAAUAAGACUAUGAUGCAGAUCAUUAUGAACGGACUAGUUGCUGAUGUCGCGAACUCAAAUUUCACCUUUAUUGCACCCAAAGAACUGCUUACUUCACAUUCUCGCGCCCUUCUUGGCAAAUUCGACGAUAUUCUUGCAUCUCAUGCCAACGAUAAGUUCUCUGACUUGUCCAUUACCAACCAGAAACUUACAUUAUUCCUUCGGGCCAUUAUAAAAAACCCUGAAAUUCUCAUUCUUGAUGAGGCCUUCUCUUGCAUGGACGAAGAACAAAUUAUGAUCAGAUGCCACGACAUUGUAGAAAAUGAAUUGAAAGACACAACUGUACUAGCGAUAGCUCAUAUAGACUGGGAAAUUCCAUCCUGCGACUAUGUUUUGAAGCUACAUGGCGAUGAACAGAGAUCUUACGGUAUUCUGAAGUAUGAUUGA